CGCUCCGCAAUGAAGUCACUACGAAACCCCAAAAUCACACCCAUCCGACAUAAGUUGACUGCUCUAUCCGUCUCAGUCUGGAAACUAGAAAGGGGUGCUCUGAGGUAAAACACGAUUCAUCCAUUUCCCGGCGAAAUAUAGUAUCUGAUCCGGCUGUUUUUAUGUGUUUCGGAUUGAUCAUCACGCUAUUUCAUCUUUCUGCAUAGUUUCUAAUUCUUUCCUGUUAUUUUCAUUCCCAUCAAAUAUUUACUGGGCGAAUCCGACCCAUAAAAUUUGCAUCGUCAAAGCUUCAUCCAAUCGGUGGUAUAGUUUUUUUUCCCUACGAUUUACACGCACCUCUGUCUAUCCUUGGUGGAUUGGCAUUUUUCUGCAAUCCUAACCUGCUUCUUAUGUGGGGAGACCAACCGCCGUCUUAUUAUUUGGGUCUUGUACAGAAAUGAGCUUGAGAAAGGAAACGUCUGCUUGUGAUUGCUGGGAAACUUAUUGGAUUUUCUGGUUUUGGGUAGUUCUAGACUUGCACUUGAUUCUAGGUUAUGGCUUGUAUAAUAGGUUAAAGAUGCACUAGUUGGGAGUGGUGUUUGUUAUGAAUUACAUUUAAUAAAUUUGUGUUUGCGCUUUUUGAUGUGCUUUCACUUGUCUGACUUGAUUAUCCUAUCUGUGAAGCUCUAUAAUUUUCCUACCUGCUAUAUGUUGGCCUAAAUUCAUGUCAAUUGUCAACUUUGUAAUACAUUGUUUCUGGAACUCUAUAGAUCACAAACAACAACCAAAAAUGGUGAAGGCAGUUGCAGUUCUUAAUGGCAUUGAGGGUGUCUCUGGCACCAUUCAAUUCACGCAAGAUGACAUCCAUGGUCCAACUACAGUUAGUGGAAGUGUAACAGGCCUCAAGCCUGGUCUUCAUGGCUUCCAUAUCCAUGCCCUUGGUGACACAACAAAUGGCUGCUUGUCAACUGGGCCACACUUUAAUCCUUGUGGGAAGGAUCAUGGAGCUCCUGAAGAUGAAAUCCGUCAUGCCGGUGAUCUUGGAAACAUCACAGCUGGAAAUGAUGGUGUUGCUCCCAUUAACAUCAUUGACAGUCAGAUUCCUCUUAUCGGAACUAAUUCUAUCCUUGGAAGAGCCGUAGUUGUUCAUGGUGAUCUUGAUGAUCUUGGGAAAGGUGGUCAUGAACUCAGCAAAACAACUGGAAAUGCUGGAGCAAGGGUUGCUUGCGGUAUCAUUGGCCUGCAAGCUUAAUGAGUGCAUCUGGGAAAUGUUAUGACAAUAAAAAAUGUUGUGACUUACUUUCAACAACACUUGUCUUUGAGAUUGAUUCCUUUUCUUGAUCCACUCUCUUAAGGGCGGUGGCAUGAACUUAAACUCUGUAGUUGUACUGAAGCUUUUGAUCGGAUUUUUUUGUUUGUUUGUUAAUCGACACUUGAUAAUAAGUGGAAUUGCUCAGACAUAACUCCAAAGUGUCCUUUUUUGAGUCAUCAUGAAAAGCCAACUACGAUUUCUAGAAUUGGCGAAUGAGUUUGAUGAACGUUUUGGAUGUUUAUUCUGGUGGUAAAACUGUCGGGUGAUAUAGUUGUUGGUUGACUACUUGACUAUGUUUGGGUGAGGG